AUUUCCACAGGACCUGAGCGCCGGCAGCAGAGGAGGUGGGGGGGGGCUUCCAGACUGGAUGGGCCCGGCGAUGCCUUGAUGGAGUAUGGGCCAGGUUUUAGGAUUCUCCCACUGCCAGGAAUAUGGCUCUGUAGCGUCUACACCAGACUCAACGCCUCCAUGCACCGAUGGCGGAAAUGAAGAGUCUGAGUUGUGCGAGCUGCAAACGGCCAGGGAGUGGUCGGACGAUGAGGAGGGGGAAGAUGGAGAUCCAGAUGAUGACGAGGGACUGGCUUCAUCUCCGUCCAUCUGGGGCACGCCGCGCCAGCACUCCACCGAGCUCACUUUCUCUUACAUCGCCAUUGCCGAGCCGGAGGCGGUGGGAGCCUCGCGACACCUCCGUGACCGACGCAGAGGUGGCUCUCGGGGAAGUCGCACUACUUUGAUCCGCACGGACACCCUGGAAACACUGCUGGACUCCCCCGAUGUAGAGUGGGACCCUCAUGCAUUCCUCAGUCGAGAGGAAGAACAGGAAGCCUCAGAAAGGAGAGAGCAGGAGAGAGUGGAGGCGAGUGCAGCCGUGAGGAGGGAGCAGAACAGACAAACUGAGACCAUUACAAUUCAGCCCUUUCCCCAAAAUCUGGACCCAGAAACUCAGGGGAGAGACGCAGGAGUUCAAAGAGAGGAGUCUCCGAGCAGUCUGACCCAGAUUGCCCAGAGUCCCUCUGCGUCCCUGUCUUCCCAGCAUCAGAGCCCCUUACAGAUACUUCAAGCAGCAGCCUCACCGACCCCCGAUCCAGAGUCUCCCGUCACCAGAGAAACAAUUUCAGUCACGCUGCUCACGUCUGUGCAGCCCGGAGGCCCGGCAUCAUCGUCGCCAGCUGCCAUUGGUCGAAACUCUCAGGAACAGCUGGUCAGCGAUCACUGGUUUUCAGCCCUUAACCUAUCAGAGGACCCGACAGUAUGCACUCUCAUAGCAGUGAUGGACGUGAUCUACUGGAAGGACACGGAGCGAACAGGCAUGAUCCUAACAGGGAUAGUGGUCGGCCUGCUGUCCCUGUUCCAGCUCAGCGUCAUCACUGUGGUCUCCACAGUCUCCCUGGCUGUCAUGUGCUUCACCAUCUCAGUGCGCAUCUACUACCAAGUCCUCUGCAUCCUCAACUGGGGCGAUGGAGAACAUCCCUUCAAGUCAUACUUGGACCUGGACAUCAGCUUCAGUGGAGAGGAGGCUGACCUCUAUAUGCAGAAAGCCAUCGUCAUGGCUCUGUCUGCUGUUGACUCUCUGAAGGGACUCUUUUUUGUUAGAAACCUCUUGGAGUCCAUCAAGCUGCUGGUUCUGGUGUACCUUGUGACGUACCUGGGAGAGCUGUGCAAUGGCCUUAAUCUGCUCAUCAUCAGUGUGAUCGCUCUCUUUUCUCUGCCACUUUUCUACAGACAACGUCAGGAGCAGGUGGACGGCUUUAUUGCAACAAUCCAGGCCAACAUUGACAACGUCAAGGACACUUUUCAAAGACUUGCCCAGGGUGGUGGUGGCCCUCCUGUUGACACAACACCUGGUGGCGCCAAGCCCAAAUCCCAGUAAAUACUGAUGGACAAGAACUUAAAGAAAAGCUCCCGGAGUUACAGGCUGUCACUCAGAUGUCUUACCCAGCAGUCUGUGCUCAGAGCUCCAGAGACUGGGGAAGGGAGGUUACUUAAACGGACAAUGAUGAGGAUCACGCAUGGUACUUUAUGCUCUAGCUGUAUCUAAGUUUUGGGGUUGGGGUUGGGGGUUGGGGGUUGGGGUUUAAACUUAAUCAAAGUGAAACGAAGGGGUAUGCAUCUUGGAUCAGACUCUUGCUGGUGACGUCAGAGAUGGAAAGAUUCAACGACACGGCUUGACGUAUUUGACCAUCCUUGGAAAUAUUCACUGUUUUUAAUAUGUUAAAAAUGACUCAAGAAGUGUCUUAGAUGGUCGAGAGCUGUAGUCCAAAUUAGGUAAUAUGACCAGGAAUGGAAAGUUCCCACACCGACAGCUGAGAAAAGGGAAGUCAGAUGUUAAGGUGGAAAACAGGGGUCAUCAUUAUUCAUGGCAGCAUAAAACUGGCAAUUAAAAAUGCAUGUGUCAGCACAUGUACUUUUCCUGAAUGCAUAUUCAUUCUAAUGACUGUUUCUCUGUGUGAAUGCAAGUGUGAGAGAGUGUGUGUGUGUGUGUGUGUGUGUGUGUGUGUGUGUGUGUGUGUGUGUGUGUGUGUGCGCGCGUGUAUGCACAUGUAAUUCCUGACAUACAGCUUGCUCAAAUGAAAAUGUUACAUACAAGCAAUUAAAGUCACGUUUCUUCUUUAUUUUCCAAAACUUUAUUUUUCUUCUCACCCGCACAGGCAUUCAAUUUCAGUUAUUUCUUUCUUUCCUUGUCAUGUUUUCUUAUGGUACUUCAUUGCUUACACCACUGGGAAGGUGUAACAUCAUAUUCAGAGAGAUAGAGAUGGAUUCUUCUGCUACAAGUUCAAUAAUUAAGAUGUGUCAUAAAUGGAAGGAAAUGACUUGACUGGACUUGGCUUUAGGAUCCGGUGGAUUGAUGGCUGAAAAAAUGCAAAGUUUUCAGACAGAUAUCCUCUCUGAGCUCUUAAUGUAAUCUUUUCCAGCCUCGUGAAGGAAUGUGGGAGUGAAAUACAGCAGGUGCCUUUCUAACUGCAGGUUAAAGUGCAUGAUCUGAGUCACAGUAAUUACAACUGCUCACAACAGCUUACAGCGACUCCUCCUCCCAUAACAAACCACUUCUCAUCACUUGACCAUUGCCUUCCGGAGAAUGGUGUUUUGUACAAUACUCGUGUAAUGUGCACCAUGACAAGGUAUCUUAUACAGAAUUGUAAGUAGAUUCAUUUUAGGAAUAAUAAAAUUAUUCAGGAAACUC